AUGGUGCUCGAGUCAGUUAUGUGGUUCCGGACUUUGGCUCUUGUUUUGGCCGCAGCCUGCUUCGUCACUACCACGGCGGAGAUCUGUCCGAGCAAGGACAUCCGCAACAAUGUGACCAACCUGAACUCUCUGGCCAACUGCACAGUGAUCGAAGGCCACCUGAAGAUCAUCCUCAUGUUCGGUAGCAAGCCCGAGGACUUCCGCGGCCUGGCCUUCCCUAAAUUGACGGUGGUGACCGACUACCUGCUGCUGUUCCGCGUGUACGGUUUGGAGAGUCUCAGCGACCUAUUCCCCAACCUGACUGUGAUCCGCGGCAAAAACCUGUUCUUUAACUACGCCCUGGUGGUGUUCGAGAUGCUACAGCUGCGCGAGCUGGGGCUCCACAGCCUGAUGAACAUCACGCGGGGAGCAGUCAGGAUCGAGAAGAACCCGGACCUCUGCUACUUAUCGACGCUAGACUGGUCCAAGAUUCUGGACUCUGUGGAGGACAACUACAUUGUGGCCAACAAAAACGACAGGGAGUGCGGAGACGUGUGUCCCGGGGCGUCUGUAGGGAAGACUACUUGCCAGACCACCACCAUUAACGGACACUUCAGCGAGCGCUGCUGGACGCAGAAGCACUGCCAGAGAAUGUGUCCCGUCCACUGUAAACACCGUGCCUGCACCCGGGAUCAUCAGUGCUGCCACGAGCAGUGCCUCGGGGGCUGUCUGAAGCCCGGAUCGGCCACGCAUUGCGUGGCUUGCAAGGGUCUCCAGCACCAAAGUAGCUGCGUGGAGCGCUGCCCCGACGGUUACUACACCUUCAAAGGCUGGCGCUGCGUCUCCUUCGCCUUCUGCCAGGAACUCCACGACAGGUGCAAGCAUGAGAAGGAGCGCAGUAAGAGCCCCGAGUGCCAUGAGUAUGUCAUCCACAACGGCGCCUGCAUCCCAGAGUGUCCAUCCGGCUACACCACGGUUAACUCGUCCACGCUAAACUGCACACCAUGUGCCGGACUCUGCCCCAAGGUGUGCAUGGGUCUGAAAACGGUGGACUCGGUCACGGCGGCGCAGUCGUUGGCAGGCUGCACCAUUCUCAACGGCAGCCUGGUCAUCAACCUACGUGGAGGAAACAACAUAGCGGCAGAGUUGGAGGCAAACCUGGGCCAGCUGGAGGAGAUCACCGGCUAUCUGACUGUGCGGCGUUCCUACGCCCUGGUUUCCCUGUCUUUCUUCCGGAAGCUUCGCGUCAUCCGCGGGGAGGAGACUGAAAUCGGCAAUUACUCCUUCUACGCCCUGGACAACCAGAACCUACGGCAGCUCUGGGACUGGUCCAAGCAUAAGCUGAGCAUCCAGAAGGGACGCAUGUUCUUCCACUACAACUCCAAGCUGUGCAUCUCCGAGGUUCGCAAGAUGGAGGAGGUCACCGGCACCCGCGAUCGCAAGAACGAUAUCGCUUCCAAAACCAACGGCGACCAGGCCUCGUGUGAGAAUCACGUCCUGAAAUUCACGCAAAUCCGAACCAUGAGUGAUAAGAUUAUGGUCAAGUGGGAAGCCUUCUGGCCUCCAGACUUCAGAGACCUGCUAGGAUUCAUGGUGCUCUACAAGGAGGCGCCGUUUCAAAAUGUAACCGAGUUCGAUGGGCAGGACGCGUGCGGUUCAAACAGCUGGGUGAUCGCGGACGUGGACCCCCCGCCGCGCUUCAGCGAGGGCGACAGAGAACCCUCGGAGCCGGGCCACCUGAUCCGGCCUCUCAAGCCGUGGACGCAGUACGCCAUCAUGGUCAAGACGCAGCUGUCUGCCUCUGAUGAGCACCAGGUCAACGGGGCAAAGAGUGACAUCAUCUACGUGCGCACCAAUGCCACCAAACCAUCAGUGCCUUUGGACCCCAAUUCCUCAUCCAAUUCGUCCUCGCAGAUCAUACUGAAGUGGAAGCCGCCCAACGACCCCAACGGCAACAUUACACACUACCUGGUCUUCUGUCAGCGGCAGGCCGAGGCGAGCGAGCUGUACAAGUUUGAUUACUGCCAAAAGGGAAUGAAGCUGCCCUCACGGGUCCCCACUCAGGUGGACGGCGACGAGGAGCAAAAGUGGAACCAGACGGAAGAGCUGGGACCCGGCACGCGAUGUUGCGCCUGCCCCAAGACUGACAAAGAGCUCAAGAAGGAGAAGGAGGAGCUGGAGUACCGCAAGACAUUUGAGAACUACCUCCACAACGAAGUCUUUGAGAUGAAACGUUCGAGAAAUCGGCGCUCAGCCAUGGGUGUGGCCAACAAAACACGCCCGCACCCCACCACUGCCUCCGGUGGGGCGUUAACCACCGCCUUCCCUGAGGAGGAGGAGACGUUCGAGAGCACCAAGACGGUGGUCACCAUUCUGGCCAAGGAGUCCACCGUCAUCUCCAAUCUACGCCACUUCACCAGCUACCAAAUCGAAAUCCACGCUUGCAACCACCCGACCGAUGCGGCCCGCUGCAGCAUGGCCGCCUACGUCAGUGCCCGCACUAUGCCUGAAGACAAAGCCGACGACAUCACAGGCCCCAUCUCAUGUCAGGUGUCCGAUAUGAUGGCGCACAUCUCCUGGCAGGAGCCGUCCGCCCCCAACGGCAUGAUUAUCCUCUACGAGGUCAACUAUAAACGCAUCGGUGACAGCGAGGAGCUGCACCACUGCGUGUCGAGGAACAUGUACAAAACCUCACGUGGCUGCAAACUGCGGGUGAUGCAUUCCGGGAACUACACGGUCCGGAUCCGAGCCACAUCUCUUGCCGGGAACGGAUCGUGGACCGAGCCUACGUACUUUUACGUGGAAGACGCCAGAGAUCCUCUCAACAUCGCCAAGAUCGUGAUCGGGCCGGUCAUAUGUGUCCUGCUACUGUUUGUCGCUUUAGCUGGAUUUGCCAUGUUCAAGAAGAACCAAACGCAAGGUCCGAGCGGUCCCAUAUACGCCUCGUCCAACCCUGAGUACCUCAGCGCUAAUGACAUGUACGAGGAGGACGAGUGGGAGGUGGCCCGCGAUAAGAUCAAAAUCCUGCGGGAGUUGGGCCAGGGCUCCUUCGGCAUGGUGUACGAGGGAAUCGCCAAGGACAUCGUCAAGGGCGAGAGCGAGACGCGCGUGGCCGUCAAGACGGUCAACGAGUCGGCCAGCCUGCGAGAGAGGAUCGAGUUCCUCAACGAAGCCUCGGUCAUGAAGGCCUUCAGCUGCCAUCACGUGGUGCGUCUGCUGGGAGUGGUGUCUAAAGGACAGCCCACCCUGGUGGUGAUGGAACUGAUGACCCACGGGGACCUGAAGAGCUACCUGCGUUCCCUGCGCCCUGAGGCCGAGAACAACCCGGGCCGUCCGCCACCAACACUCAAGGAGAUGAUCCAGAUGGCGGCCGAGAUCGCCGACGGCAUGGCGUACCUCAAUGCCAAGAAGUUUGUGCACCGUGACCUUGCCGCCAGGAACUGCAUGGUGGCUGAAGAUUUUACAGUCAAAAUAGGAGAUUUCGGCAUGACCCGAGACAUCUACGAGACGGACUAUUACCGUAAAGGAGGAAAGGGCCUGCUGCCCGUCAGGUGGAUGGCGCCAGAGUCUCUGAAAGAUGGAGUGUUCACCGCAAACUCUGACUGCUGGUCAUUCGGCGUGGUGCUAUGGGAAAUCAGCACGCUGGCCGAGCAGCCUUACCAAGGCCUCUCCAAUGAGCAGGUGCUCAAAUUUGUCAUGGACGGGGGCUACCUCGACCGACCGGACAAUUGCGCAGACAGACUGCACAACCUGAUGCAGAUGUGCUGGCAGUACAACCCCAAGAUGCGUCCGUCCUUCCAGGAGAUCAUCGACAUGCUCCGCGACGACCUCAACCCGUCCUACCGCCAGCGCUCCUUCUUCUACAGCGACGAUAACAAGCCGCCCGAGAGCGCCGACGACCUGGACCUGGAUGUGGACAACAUGGAGAGCAUCCCCCUGGACCCCUCCUCCUACGGGCAACGGGACCUCCGCUGCUGCCCGGAACGGGACGGCGGCAGCGGCGGGAGUUACGAGGAGCACCACAUCCCCUUCGCGCACAUGAACGGCGGCAAGAGCAACGGACGCGUGCUUGCCCUGCCCCGUCACAGCCCCUGCUAA